CACCUCAAUCGCCGGGGAUUGGGAGAACAAGCCAUGAGAAAAGACGAACAACCGGCGUCCGUCGCCGGCAAAUUCUCCGUAUGCUUCGAGACCAAACCCUUGGUGGCUGCAUUGGUGGCAAUGACGAUGGUCAUGAUGAUUUGGAACCUCCAGCCCUACUACGACAACCUCCUCUCCUCCACCAACCGCUGUUCUUCCUCCGCCGCAUCCACUGCCACCGUCUUUUCACCCAAUUUCUCCAUUAACCCUUCGAAUGAAAAGAAGAAGCUGCUGUCUACCGCCCUCAGCACCAAACCCUCCCCAACAAAGGCGACCGACCCAAACAAGCGUCUCUUCUACUCUUACGGCAACGCCGCCUCUCUGUUCGUCCAAAUGGGUGCUUACCGUGGCGGUCCCCAAACCUUCGCCGUCGUUGGCCUCGCCUCCAAACCCCUUCACGUCUUUGGCCGUCCCUGGUACAAAUGCGAGUGGAUCUCCAACAACCGCUCCUCCCCCUCCAUUAAAGCCAAAGCCUAUAAAAUGCUUCCGGACUGGGGUUACGGUCGGGUGUACACGGUCGUCGUCGUGAACUGUAGCUUCUCUGUAAAUCCUAACCAGGACAACACUGGUGGAAAGCUCCAGCUCUACGCUUAUUACGGCGAAUCUCCGAAAAGGAACGAGAAGAUCGUGGCUUUGGAGGAAGAACCAGGGUCCUACGACGAGUCCAAGUAUCGACCACCGUAUAAGUACGAGUAUCUGUACUGUGGGUCAUCCUUGUAUGGGAACCUGAGCGCUGCGAGGGUACGGGAAUGGAUGGCCUACCACACUUGGUUCUUUGGGCCGAACUCCCAUUUUGUGUUCCACGAUGCCGGUGGAGUGACGCCGGCGGUGAUGGCUGCUUUGGAGCCGUGGGUGAGAGCUGGGAGGGCGACGGUUCAGGACAUCAGAGGUCAAGCGGAGUUUGAUGGGUACUACUAUAACCAGUUUCUUGUGGUGAACGACUGUUUGCACCGGUACCGACACGCUGCGAACUGGACAUUUUACUUUGAUGUGGAUGAGUAUAUAUAUCUCCCCGACGGGAACACAUUGGAAUCGGUUUUGCAGGAGUUUUCAGAUUAUACCCAGUUCACCAUUGAGCAGAAUCCCAUGUCUAGCAAGCUCUGCCUGAAUGAUUCGACUCAGGAUUACUCCAAGCAAUGGGGUUUCGAGAAGUUACUGUUCAGGGACUCUCGCACAGGAAUCAGGAGAGACAGGAAAUACGCGAUUCAGGCGAAGAAUGCCUACGCGACGGGCGUACACAUGUCGGAAAAUGUAAUCGGAAAAACGCUUCACAAGACGGAGACAAAAAUCCGAUACUACCAUUACCACAGUACAAUUACUGUGGCUGGGGAACCGUGCCGGGAGUUGGUCCCGAUGUCGAACAAGAAUAACGUCACGUGGUUCGAUAAGCAUCCCUAUGUUUACGAUGACAACAUGAAAAAGCUUGCCAACACCAUCAAAGAGUACGAGCAGAAAACGAUCGGAGCCAUACACUCUUUCUCAUGACCCCACCACAGAAUGCACAGGAGCAUCUACUGACAACGCGUGGCACA